GUAUUGGACAACACCUAUGUGAUCUCUUACUCUAUUGAAUCAAUGCUGGAGCAUACCUGGCAAGAUGGGCCUGAGAAGACCAAGUACACAGUACUUUCAUCCAAUAACCACUCCUUUCAUGCCUCGGCCUCCAGUUGUCACAAACGACACUGUUCCUAAAGCCAGAGUGUUCAAUGUGACCCUGGGGACAUUCCUGCCUGAUGUGGAGCUGGUCAAAAUUAUAGUUGGAUCAGCGACGUUAACUGUGCCAGAAGCCAACCUAAAAGGUUACAAUGUCCAGGAGCAUGUCUUUCCCAAUGGAUCCAAGACCUACACUCUCCAGGUGCCAUUUGAGGACCCCAAUGUGAAGCAAAAGGUAACUCCUCCAGAUACCAGAACCUACAUUCUGCCCCUGACCUACUUGCUGAAUAUAGUGCCAGAGAAUACACCCUUUACUCAUCCUGCUGUAGUUGAAGCCAUUCUCAAAGACAUCAUUCUACCUAUAGUAACUGGCUACUGUGAUGGUGCUGCAUUCUAUACCAUGGUAACAUAUGGCAACAUGGGUCGCAACUGGGUUCCUUUUGUGGGCUCAAGAGAACUUGGUGGCAGUCUGCUUGCCCUGUACAAGUAUAAUGCCAACGCUACCAAUUUCUGGAUGACUGUGCCAUACAAUUCAGUUGAUGCCACAUAUGAAGUGAUCAGUUCUUCAGGCAUCAGAAGCAGACUUGACUUGACCUUGAAGGAUAUUGGGACCAUGGUUGUGGUGGCUGACUUCUCCCUGUCCUGCAGUUUCCCUACAAAGAUGAUUGAUUGCUUCACCAAUGGAACUAUGGCAGCUCUUGCUGUGAAAGUGGAAUCUGUCCCCAGCUUGUCUCCAAGUCAACUAACUCUAAGGGAUCCUAGUUGCCGGCCUCUUCAGUCUGAUGCUAUCAAUGCAGUUUUCUACUUCAAUGUCAACUCCUGUGGCACCACUAGAAGGUUUGACAACAACCUCCUGACUUAUGAGAAUGAAGUGCUGUUCACAUCUUACCAGUAA